GACGAAAAAAUGUGAAAUAUGUUGAUAUGACGUUAUGCAAGAAGCGACAAUACACAUUCACUCUGAUGAUGAGUUAACUAGAUCUCUUUUAUUUAUUUUUUUAGAAAAUGGUAGAGUGGCUAUGCUACUGCAAGAACACCUUAUUUUCGCAUCAUUCUUUGCAAGGGUCGUUUCGAUAAGGUUUGCUUUCCUCCUGAGCGCUGUCCGAAUCAGUGGAAGAAUCACUGCUCCAUUCGUCAGUCUCUUCGUUUGGCUUGUCUUUCGGUGUCUUAUAUUCGGCUGUAUGCAUGUAAGUUGGCAGGGUGUCAAUCCAGCUGCUUCCAAUCGUGGCAACGCCAAUUUGGUAUUUUCAUCGUUAAUGACAUAGCCAUAAAUCGCACAUGCUGCUUGCUCGUACGUUAUAAACUGCAUUUGGUGAACAAAAAGAAAUAAAAGGUAAAAGAAGUGUGGUCAAAUCCAAUACCGUAUCCCUGCUGUAUGUUGUCAAAUUAUUAUCGCGGCGAAGGA